CACUCGCUCAUCUUCUUCUUCUUCCUCUGGUCGCUCGAUAUCGAGGUGGGCCGAGGAACAGUUAGCACACCUCUAGCUGAAGAUGAGCCGCGCCCAGAUGAUGAAGAGCUUUGUCAGGCUCCUGAUCCUCGUGCAGGUGGCCGCCGCCCUGGCCGGUCCCGUCGCCGCCGAGCUCAGCAUGGACUACUACGGCAUGACCUGCCCGUUCGCGGAGUACAUCGUCCGCAACGUCGUCGGCGAGGCCCUCAUGAAGGACCCCACCCUCGCCGCCAGCCUCCUCAGGCUGCACUUCCACGACUGCUUCGUGCAGGGCUGCGACGCGUCGGUCCUGCUGAACUCGACGGACGGCAACACGGCGGAGAAGGACGCGCAGGCGAACAAGAGCCUGCGCGGCUUCGAGGUGAUCGACAGCAUCAAGGAGGCCCUGGAGGCGCAGUGCCCCGGCGUCGUCUCCUGCGCCGACGUCCUGGCGCUGGCCGCCCGCGACUCCGUGUUCAUGGCGCGCGGGCCCUACUACCCCGUGCCCCUGGGCCGCCGCGACGGGACCCGCUCCGUGGACUCCGACACCUUCCUGGCGCUCCCGCCCCCGAUCAAGAACGUGACGGUCCUCAUCGAGAUCUUCGACAAGGUCGGGCUCGACGUCCACGACAUGGUGGCGCUCUCCGGCGGCCACACGCUGGGCAUCGCGCACUGCGCCAGCUUCAAGGCCCGGCUGCAGGCCGAGACGGAGACGCUGGACGGGUCGCUGGCCAAGUCGCUGGGCUCCGUCUGCAAGGGCGGCGACUCGGGCACGGCGCCGUUCGACCGGACGAGCACCCGCUUCGACGGCGUCUACUACCGGGAGCUGACCUCGCGGCGGGGGCUCCUGAGCUCGGACCAGACGCUGUUCGAGUCGCCGGAGACGAAGGAGAUCGUCAGCACGUUCGCCAUGAACCCGGACUACUUCUUCUACUCGUUCAUGCAGGGGAUGCAAAAGAUGGGGCAGAUCAACCUCAAGGAAGGCGACGAGGGCGAGAUCAGGAAGACAUGCUGGGUCAUCAACUCCUAAUCAAUCGAUCGAACUCCCAAGUUUUACUUUACAUACAUGCAUGCAGCUAUGUACUGUCGGUCGGUCUAGAUCUCUUUGUCAGCAAGUGUGUGUGAAAUCAUGUGCUUUUAUGUGUAGGUGUCGUACGUAUAUGCAUAUUGCAUGGCUUGUGUGAAAGUAAAACAAGCAUGCAUGGCACUGGUGUACGAUCGAUACAUGUGCCCAGCAUGCAUCAAGGUAGACACUAAGAGGCUGAAAGCAAAUAAUGGGAUGGUCUAAUGUAUUUAUGUAUUGUGACAAAUAAUAUAAGGGGAUAAUCAAGGAUUUAUGCUUGCAAAAA